AUGGCAGCUUCUCUCGCAGACCUCGUGCAACGUGCACGAGAGACCAAUACAGGUCUGCAAAACUCGCAGAACCUGGCCUUGGGCGGCCUGCGUCUCGAGCGCUCGGUCCAGCAAACCCGAGUAGAAGCCAAGCUUUUGGCUCAGCGCACGGCCCGUGGCACUGGCGAUGCCAAAACCCAAGCUCAAAUUCCUCUGGCUCGACAUGGCAUUGACGUCGAGGACUUUGAGCGCAACAUCAAAUCACUCAACCUCAAGCCAACCUUGCAGCCCUUCAGCGGUACCCCCGCCAAUGUCGAGGACUUUCUCAAGAGUGAACGGCAGAAUGCCAUUAUGGCCGUCAUGACCACUUCGCUGAACAAGGCUGAGGAGGACUUCCGUGCGCGCCACCAACGUCACAUGGAGCAUCACUGGGAAGAGCAGCAGAAUUCGAUCCGCGACGUUUUGCAGAUUGGUAGCAUGCUUGACCAGGAGCCCGUUGUCAAACCGCGCGAUCUCAAUGCCCCCAUGGAUUACAGCUCCAUGGAUUCUCGCAUGCAUCGCUACGCGCAAGUGGUCAUGGAUGCCGCUCGUGCCCAGGCGCAGGAAGCAUCGUAUCCAUUUGUGCAGCGAAUGAAGGAAUGCUCAUCCGAAGUCGAAGUUGCGAGUCGUGACGACAUCAAGGACGCGUGGAGCAUCAUCAGCGGUCUGUUGCAAGAUGAAAAGGGCAAUUUGCCUGAGGACGCAGGCCACUAUGAGAAGCGCUGGUCUGGGGAUCGACUUGGCCAUCUCAUCGCGAACAGCCGCCGAGUGCUGGAAUCCCGAUACACGGAACGCAUGAAGCGUGCCCUCAACCAGGGGCAAUACCAAGGCAGCGUUCUCUCCAAGGACGGCGUGGACGAUUACGUGCGCAUUGUUCUAGGAAGUGAAGCCAACGGCUCCAACGAACAGGACUGGGCCCGGCUUUACUAUUGCCUGCGUACUGGCAAUCUUGAUCUGGCAUUCGAGUUUGCCAACUAUUUCGAUGCAAAGGACAUUUUGAUUGAGAGCCUGGAUGCAUACAAGAGCAACAAACGUUCGCGAGUCCGAGGUAGCGUCGAGCAAUAUUAUCGUCAGGCCAGCCUCCACAAUGCCAAGUAUGAGCGAGCCGUGUGGAACAUCCUGGGUGUCUGCGAACGCGAGCGCGAUGCCCAUCGCGAGGUAGCGGUCAAUGUGGAGGACUUCAUUUGGAUUAAGCUUUCUCUGCUACCCGUUGAGGAGAAGGACGUGGCACCAGCCAUGCAUCAGCUGCAGCGACUUUUGUCCGAGACCUACGGUGAAAGCCACUUUCAGGCGGACCGCGAGCCCUGGAAAUACCUGCGCAUUUUGCUCCUCUCCUUGCAGUUUGAGAAGGCGGUCCACUUUCUUUCCUUGCGUGACACCACCUUGGCCCUCCACUUUGCCUUGCCUCUGUACUGGCUGGGUGUUUUGGCCAUCACACCUAGCAUGCAAUUUGCCAGCCUGCGGGCUGAAGAAGAGCAGGGUGCCUCAUCAACCCAUCAGAUCAACCUCGGGCUCAUUUUGCAGCGCUAUGUUCACGCGUUCUAUUGCACCGACGUGGAGCCGGCCCUUCAUUAUCUUUACCUGAUGCGCGACCUUCAAUGGCGCACAAACGAGGACGAGGGCCGUCUGUCGGGUGACAGUACUCCUGAGAAUCGCCUAUUCCAUCGUCUUGUGAAAGAUAUGGCUCUCAAGACGCGCCGUUGGAAUGACUUGUUCGGCGUCCUGCAUUGGGAUGACAACAAGAUUCAUGGUGGCCAGCUCUUGCAGCUGUUCAAGGGCCGGGAGCAAGAACUGCGAACCUUUAUCCGCGAUAUUGCCUUGGCGGUGGAGAAGCAGGGCGCCCUUUCUGACGCCAUCAACCUCUUUGACAUGGCCAACGAGCUCAAACGAGCACUGGAGCUGAUGGUGACCUGCUUAUCACAGGCGGGCAGCAUUCAUUCGGCAGCCGAAUUUCAAGACUUGCAGCUUUUGGCUGAACAGAUGCAGCAGCAUCGCCGCUUUGCAGGGGAAGAAAAGCUGAUGGAAAAGAUUAAUCUCCUCCUACGUGUGCAAACUCUCUUGCGUACGGCUCGCGAGGGCGAUGUCAUCGGCUGUGAAAAGGCCAUCCAGCAUUCACGCAUCCAUCUGCAACUCCACGCGCACCUGUCGCGGUCCCGAUUAUAUCAGGAGCUGGACCGUUUGAAUGUCAUUCCGUGCCGGCUCGAGUCGGUCCGAGCCUGCGUCGACAAUUGCAAGGCCCUUCCCGACGAGGUCCGCCGGUUCUUGUCCGACCUUUUGGUCAACGCCAUGAAGUGCUGGCACUUUCAGUUUCACCAGCAGAAGCAAAGCCAGUUCUCCAAGUCGCAAGAGAAGAUGGAUCAGUGCCAGAAGGCAGCCCGUGCGCUGUCCGAAUACAGUGGUCAGGUGUCUCAGGUCAUGCCCAGCAGUCUGGCAGCCAGUCUGAUUGGCAUGGAAAACAGCAUGCUGUAG